AACCGCUCUCUCUUUCUAGAUCUCUCUCUCACGAUCACAAUAAGCACAUACACACACGCACAUAACCAUGGAAGGUGUAGCAGAGCAGAUGUAUCUGCCGCCGGGGUUCAGGUUUCACCCGUCUGAUGAGGAGCUGCUUCUCCAUUAUCUCCUCCCCAAGACUCUGGGCAUGGCUUUUUCCGACAACGUAAUUGCAGACAUCAACCUCUAUAAAUAUGACCCAUGGGUCCUACCUGGGAAGGCUUUGUUAAUUGAUUCCGAGAAUGAAUGGCAUUUCUUUACCCAAAGAGACCGCAAGUACCCAAAUGGCUCACGGCCAAACAGAGGCGCUGGCUCUGGCUUUUGGAAGGCCACCGGCACUGACAAGACGAUAACAUCAGGUGGCCGCAAAGUUGGUGUAAAAAAGUCGCUAGUCUUCUACAUUGGAAAGCCACCCAAUGGUUCCAAGACCAAUUGGAUUAUGCAUGAGUACAGGGUGCUUCUUGACGGUGAAAAUAGCAGCUUCCCCAAAAACAAGGAACCGAUCAUAAUGGAUAAUUGGUUCUUAUGCCGAAUUUACAAGAAGAAUCAGAACUCCCUCAGAAGACCAACAAGGCCACACUCGGAGGAAGAUGUUGAAGCUACCCCUUCCUUCAAUGGGUGCAUGUCUUCAUCCAUUCUAUGCGCUGAUCAUCAGCUUGCCGGGGGCUCACUGUUCGAGAGAGACACCUCUUACCAGCGGCAGGAAUUCCCCGACACCUCGGCCUUUGAUCUUUCAGACAUUGUCUGCCGGGAAAUGCCAACAUAUUUGCCAAACAGCAGCUUAAUUAGUACGACUGAUGAUGGAGGUGAAAAAAUGAACACAACAGUAGAAGCAGCAACGACAAUUAUACACCCGGUCUUGAGCUCCCUGGUGCAAGCUCAGUGGGCUCGUUUCCAUAAACACAAAUCAAGACAAUGA